CAGUAAGGUGGUAGAUGGCAACUACAACAGUCUAUCUAAAAUGACCAUAAUUACAUAAAAAAAAAAAAGGGAGGAGAUUGAGAGAGAGAAAGAGAAGGUUUGGGGGGUUGUGGCAGGGGCAGGUACCACGUGCUGGGUGUCAUUAAAAGGGCCGUUAAAGGCUCUUUAAAGAACUCACCUCCCUUCCGCUACCCCCAAAUCUAACUCUCUUCUAACACUUAACUGCUCUUGUUUACAAUUCUUCUUCUUUUUUUCUUUUUAUCAUUGCUUUGCAUGUUGUGAAUUCAAAACACACAUUUUGUUUCGUCUUUUUGAUCCUCUUUGUCUCUUUCCUUUCUUUUCGCCAAAGAUAAAUUUAAAAAGUAUAAAUACUUCAAGCCCAUAUACCAAUUUUAAACACUUUGUUUUGCUCCCCAACCUUCCUGGAUUGAAGUUCCUUCUAUUCUCUCAGCAUGUUAGAGGCCCAAAGGUCAGCUAUGGCUGGUGUUGGGCGUGGAAACAAUGGAUACAUAAAUGGGGUGUUGCCGAUCAGGAGCCCUGCUACAAUAAGUGAAGUAGAUGAAUUCUGCUAUGCACUUGGAGGGAAGAAGCCAAUUCAUAGUAUAUUAAUUGCAAACAAUGGAAUGGCAGCUGUCAAAUUUAUACGUAGUAUUAGGACUUGGGCUUAUGAGACAUUUGGCACGGAAAAGGCGAUCUUGUUGGUGGCCAUGGCCACUCCCGAGGACAUGAGAAUCAAUGCAGAGCAUAUUAGAAUUGCUGAUCAAUUUGUUGAAGUUCCUGGUGGGACAAAUAAUAAUAACUAUGCCAAUGUGCAGCUUAUCGUAGAGAUGGCUGAGAUAACACAUGUUGAUGCUGUUUGGCCUGGCUGGGGUCAUGCAUCAGAAAACCCUGAGCUCCCAGACGCACUGAAUGCAAAGGGAAUAGUUUUUCUUGGGCCACCAUCCAUAUCUAUGGCAGCAUUGGGUGAUAAGAUUGGUUCAUCAUUGAUUGCUCAAGCAGCAGAUGUGCCCACCCUUCCGUGGAGUGGCUCUCAUGUGAAAAUUCCAGCAGACAGUUGCCUAGUUUCAAUUCCAGAUGAAAUAUAUAGUAAAGCAUGUGUUUAUACAACAGAGGAAGCAAUUGCAAGUUGUCAAGUUGUUGGUUAUCCUGCAAUGAUCAAGGCCUCUUGGGGUGGUGGUGGUAAAGGCAUAAGAAAGGUUCAUAAUGAUGAUGAAGUUAGAGCACUAUUCAAACAAGUGCAAGGUGAAGUUCCAGGUUCACCUAUAUUUAUAAUGAAAGUUGCUUCUCAGAGUCGCCAUUUAGAAGUCCAGUUACUCUGUGAUCAGUAUGGGAAUGUCGCAGCUUUGCAUAGUCGGGACUGUAGUGUUCAGAGGCGUCACCAGAAGAUUAUUGAGGAGGGUCCAAUUACUGUAGCUCCGUUGGAGACUGUGAAAAAGCUAGAGCAAGCAGCUAGAAGAUUAGCUAAAUCUGUUAGUUAUGUUGGAGCAGCUACUGUUGAAUACCUGUACAGUAUGGAAACUGGCGAGUACUACUUUCUAGAGCUCAACCCUCGGUUACAGGUGGAGCACCCCGUCACUGAGUGGAUUGCUGAAGUUAAUCUGCCAGCUGCCCAAGUUGCAGUUGGGAUGGGUAUCCCUCUCUGGAAAAUUCCUGAAAUACGGCGAUUCUAUGGAAUGGAACAUGGUGCGGGUUAUGAUGCAUGGAGGAAAACAUCUGUUGUCGCCACUAGUUUUGAUUUUGACAAGGCAGAGUCAACUAGGCCUAAAGGUCAUUGUGUAGCUGUGCGUGUUACAAGUGAGGAUCCAGAUGAUGGGUUUAAACCUACGAGUGGAAAAGUGCAGGAGUUGAGUUUUAAAAGCAAGCCAAAUGUGUGGGCUUACUUCUCUGUGAAGUCAGGAGGAGGCAUUCAUGAAUUUUCAGAUUCUCAGUUUGGACAUGUCUUUGCCUUCGGGGAAUCCAGAGCUCUAGCUAUAGCAAAUAUGGUUCUUGGGUUGAAAGAAAUUCAAAUCCGUGGAGAAAUUCGUACUAAUGUUGAUUAUACAAUUGACCUUUUACAUGCUUCAGAUUACAGAGAAAAUAAAAUCCACACAGGUUGGUUGGACAGUAGAAUUGCUAUGCGAGUUAGAGCAGAAAGGCCUCCUUGGUAUCUCUCAGUUGUUGGAGGAGCUCUCUAUAAAGCAUCAGCGAGCAGUGCAGCUAUGGUUUCAGAUUAUAUUGGUUAUCUAGAAAAGGGUCAAAUCCCUCCCAAGCACAUAUCACUUGUGCAUUCUCAAGUGUCCUUGAACAUUGAAGGAAGCAAAUACACGAUUGACAUGGUUAGGGGGGGACAAGGAAGUUAUAGGUUGAAGAUGAAUCAAUCAGAGAUUGAAGCAGAGAUACAUACAUUAAGAGAUGGUGGUCUAUUGAUGCAGUUGGACGGGAACAGUCAUGUUAUUUAUGCUGAGGAAGAAGCUGCUGGUACUCGCCUUCUAAUUGAUGGAAGGACUUGCUUGCUGCAGAAUGAUCAUGACCCUUCAAAAUUAGUGGCAGAAACACCAUGCAAACUGCUGAGGUUUUUGGUUUCUGAUGGUAGUCGUAUAGAUGCUGACACACCAUAUGCAGAGGUUGAGGUCAUGAAAAUGUGUAUGCCUCUUCUUUCUCCUGCUUCUGGAAUUAUUCAAAUCAAAAUUUCUGAAGGUCAAGCCUUGCAGGCUGGUGAGCUCAUUGCUAGGCUUGAUCUGGAUGAUCCUUCAGCUGUUAGGAAAGCUGAACCAUUCCAUGGGAGCUUCCCUGUACUAGGGCCUCCCACUGCAAUUUCUGGCAAAGUGCAUCAGAGAUGUGCUGCCAGUAUAAAUGCAGCCCGCAUGAUCCUUGCUGGUUAUGAGCAUAAUAUUGAUGAAGUAGUUCAAAGCCUCCUAAAUUGUCUUGACAGUCCUGAGUUGCCUUUCCUCCAAUGGCAAGAAUGCAUGUCUGUUCUAGCAGCCAGGCUUCCCAAAAAUCUUAAAAAUGAGCUUGAAUCAAAGUAUAAAGGGUUUGAAGCUAUUUCUAGCUCCAUGAAUGUUGACUUUCCUGCCAAAUUAUUGAAAGGAGUCCUAGAACUCCAUUUAUCCAUCUGUCCUGAGAAAGAAAGAGGAUCCCUAGAAAGGCUUAUUGAGCCAUUGAUGAGCCUCGUGAAGUCUUAUGAGGGUGGAAGAGAGAGCCAUGCCCGUGUUAUUGUGCGGUCCCUUUUUGAAGAGUAUCUAUCUGUUGAAGAGUUAUUCAGCGACAACAUCCAGGCUGAUGUGAUCGAACGUCUUCGACUUCAGUAUAAGAAAGAUCUUUUGAAGGUUGUGGACAUCGUACUAUCUCAUCAGGGUGUCAAGAGUAAAAAUAAACUGAUUUUCAGACUCUUGGAACAACUUGUUUAUCCUAACCCUGCUGCAUACAGAGAUCAACUAAUUCGAUUCUCUGCAUUAAACCAUACAAGUUAUUCUGAGUUGGCACUGAAGGCAAGUCAAUUACUGGAGCAAACCAAAUUAAGCGAACUUCGCUCCAGCAUUGCUAGAAGCCUUUCUGAAUUAGAAAUGUUUACUGAGGAUGGUGAAACUAUGGACACUCCCAAGAGAAAAAGUGCCAUUAAUGAAAGAAUGGAGGCUCUUGUAGGUGCUCCUUUAGCUGUUGAAGAUGCUCUUGUAGGCCUGUUUGAUCAUAGUGAUCACACCCUUCAGAGGCGGGUUGUAGAGACUUAUGUUCGGAGGCUAUACCAGCCUUAUCUUGUAAAGGGAAGUGUCCGGAUGCAAUGGCAUAGAUCUGGUCUUAUUGCUUCCUGGGAAUUCUUGGAAGAGCAUAUUGAGAGCAAGAAUGUGUCUGAAGAUCAAAUGUCUGAUGAACCAUUAGUUGAGAAACAUAGAGAGAGGAAAUGGGGAGCCAUGGUUAUAAUUAAAUCUCUCCAAUUUUUGCCUGCAAUUAUCAGUGCAACACUGAGGGAAACAACUCCUAACCUUCAUGAAGAAACUUCAAAUGGAUCCCUAGAACCAACUACCUUUGGAAACAUGAUGCAUAUAGCACUGGUGGGCAUCAACAAUCAGAUGAGUCUACUUCAGGAUAGUGGUGAUGAGGAUCAAGCUCAAGAGAGAAUCAAUAAGUUAGCAAAAAUACUUAAAGAUAAAGAGUUAGGGUCAAGUCUACGAUCUGCAGGUGUUAGAGUCAUUAGCUGUAUCAUACAGAGAGAUGAAGGGCGAACACCUAUGAGGCACUCGUUUCAUUGGUCAACUGAAAAGCUCUAUUACGAGGAAGAACCUCUUUUACGCCAUCUAGAACCUCCUCUAUCCAUAUACCUUGAAUUGGAUAAGCUUAAAGGUUACCAGAAUAUACAGUAUACACCAUCACGUGACCGCCAGUGGCAUUUAUACACUGUUGUUGACAAGCCAGUACCAAUUCAGAGGAUGUUCCUCAGAACACUUGUCAGGCAGCCUACUUCCGAUGAUGGGCUUACAGCAUAUCGGGGACUUGAUGUUGACAUGAUGCGUAGUCAGUCAGCUAUGUCUUUUACGUCAAGGAGCAUCUUGAGGUCCUUAAUGGGUGCAAUGGAGGAGUUGGAGAUUAACAUGCACAAUGCAACUCUAAAAUCUGACCAUGCACAUAUGUAUCUUUGCAUCUUACGAGAACAACAGAUAAAUGAUCUUGUGCCUUACCCCAAGAGAGUUGACCUAGAUGCUGGACAAGAAGAAGCUGGAGUAGAGUCAAUCUUAGAAGAACUGGCUCAGGAACUUCAUGCAUUUGUUGGUGUAAGAAUGCAUAAGUUGGGUGUUUGUGAGUGGGAAGUAAAGCUCUGGAUGGCAUCAUCUGGACAAGCAAAUGGUGCUUGGAGAAUUGUAGUGACGAAUGUGACAGGCCAGACAUGCACUUUACAUAUAUACCGAGAACUAGAAGAUACUAGCAAACACAGAGUCGUAUACCAUUCUCUUUCUGUAAGGGGUCCUCUGCAUGGUGUACCAGUUAAUGCUCAAUAUCAGGCUUUGGGUGUUCUUGACCGUAAACGUCUAUUGGCAAGGAAAAAUAAUACCACUUAUUGCUAUGACUUUCCAUUGGCAUUCGAGACUGCCUUGCAGCAGUCAUGGUCAUCCCAGUUCCCAGGUAUUAAAAGACCCAAAGUUAAACUUCUUCCUAAGGUUAUGGAGCUUGUAUUUGCUGACCAAAAGGGUAACUGGGGCACUCCCCUUGUUCCGAUUGAGCGCCAGCCUGGACUCAAUGAUGUUGGCAUGGUAGCCUGGUGCAUGGAAAUGUUCACUCCUGAGUUCCCUUCUGGAAGAACAAUAUUAGUAGUUGCGAAUGAUGUGACCUUCAAAGCUGGUUCUUUUGGCCCAAGAGAGGAUGCAUUCUUCCUUGCUGUAACUGAUCUUGCCUGCAGUAAGAAACUGCCUUUAAUUUAUUUGGCUGCUAACUCUGGUGCCCGUAUUGGGGUAGCUGAAGAAGUCAAAGCCUGUUUUAAAGUUGGUUGGUCUAAUGAAUCCAGCCCUGAGCGUGGUUUUCAGUAUGUCUACUUAACUUCUGAGGAUUAUACUAAGAUUGGAUCAUCAGUCAUUGCACAUGAGAUGAAGCUGGCCAGUGGAGAGAGCAGAUGGGUGAUAGAUACCAUUGUUGGGAAAGAGGAUGGUUUGGGAGUUGAGAACUUAACUGGUAGUGGGGCCAUUGCUGGUGCAUACUCUCGGGCAUACAAGGAAACCUUUACCCUAACAUAUGUGACUGGUAGAACUGUGGGAAUUGGUGCUUAUCUUGCUCGUCUUGGCAUGCGGUGCAUACAGAGACUCGAUCAACCCAUUAUUUUGACUGGUUUCUCAGCAUUGAACAAACUUCUAGGUCGUGAGGUGUACAGCUCCCACAUGCAACUUGGUGGACCUAAAAUCAUGGCAACAAAUGGGGUUGUCCAUCUCACAGUUUCAGAUGAUCUUGAAGGGGUGUCAGCCAUAUUGAACUGGCUAAGUUGCAUUCCUCCUCGUAUAGGUGGUCCACUUCCCAUUUUAAAUCCAUCAGAUCCUCCAGAAAGGCUUGUGGAGUACUUACCUGAAAAUUCGUGUGAUCCUCGGGCCGCUAUUUCUGGUGCUUUAGAUAGUAGUGGCAACUGGAAGGGAGGUAUUUUUGACAGGGAUAGCUUUGUGGAGACGCUUGAAGGUUGGGCUAGAACAGUUGUGACAGGAAGGGCAAAGCUUGGAGGAAUCCCUGUAGGAAUAGUUGCAGUUGAGACACAGACGGUGAUGCAGGUUAUCCCUGCUGAUCCAGGACAACUUGAUUCCCAUGAGAGAGUUGUCCCUCAAGCUGGACAGGUAUGGUUUCCAGAUUCUGCUACAAAGACAGCUCAGGCAAUAAUGGAUUUCAAUAGGGAAGAGCUUCCGCUUUUCAUUCUUGCCAAUUGGAGAGGCUUUUCUGGUGGGCAAAGGGAUCUUUUUGAGGGCAUCCUUCAAGCUGGAUCAACCAUUGUUGAGAAUCUUAGAACAUACAAACAACCUGUCUUUGUGUACAUUCCCAUGAUGGGUGAGCUCCGUGGUGGGGCAUGGGUAGUUGUGGACAGCCGGAUCAAUUCAGAUCAUAUUGAAAUGUAUGCUGAACGCACUGCUAAGGGUAAUGUACUUGAGCCAGAAGGAAUGAUUGAAAUCAAGUUUAGGACAAAGGAGCUACUGGAGUGCAUGGGCAGGCUUGACCAACAGCUUAUAAACAUGAAGGCAAAACUUCAGGAAGCAAAGAGCAAUGGAGCCCAUGCACAGAUGGAUUCUCUGCAGCAGCAAAUAAGAUCACGUGAGAAACAGCUUUUACCAGUAUACACCCAGAUAGCCACUAAAUUUGCCGAGCUUCAUGAUACUUCUCUGAGGAUGGCAGCGAAAGGGGUAAUAAAAGAAGUAGUUGACUGGGAUCGCUCACGAUCUUUCUUCUAUAGAAGAUUGCGCCGGAGAAUUGCUGAGAGUUCUCUGGUCAAAAUUGUAAAAGAUGCUGCUGGUGAUCAACUGUCGCAUAAAUCUGCAAUGGACUUGAUCAAGAAAUGGUUUUUGGAUUCCAGUGUUGCAAAGGGAAGAGAAGAUGCUUGGGUUAAUGAUGAAGCUUUCUUUUCAUGGAAGGAUGAUCUGGGUAAUUAUAGUGAGAAGCUACAAGAACUGCGGGUCCAAAAGGUAUUACUUCAGCUUACGAAUAUUGGCAAUUCAUCUUCAGAUAUACAAGCUCUACCUCAAGGUCUUGCUGCCCUUCUAAGCAAGAUGGAGCCAUCAAGCAGAAAACAAAUGGUUGAUGAACUUCGUAAGGUGCUCGGUUGAUUAAAUUACCUAUAAGAUCCUGGGUUUUCUCAUUCUUCUGCUACUUGCAUUAAUAUUUUGGUAACUUGCUGCCACACCUGGCGUGGAUCUUCUGUAACAAUUCACGUAGCUUCAUGAGAAGUGGAGGUGGCAGAGUCCUUGGUGCAGCCGGUAGCUUUUGUAAGUGUAAACUUAGCAGGUUGUAGUUGAUACGAGUAUUAGAUUUUGUGCCGCUAGGAAAUCAUUGGACAGUCUCAGUUUGAUCUGUUUGCUGCAGAUGUGAUGAAACUUUGCUCAUAUAUUAUUAAUUUUUGUAAUAAUGUGUAGGGAAGUAUCAAUUAUUCCUACUUGUGAAUGCAAAUUCUUUUAGGGUUGAGGAUAUUGUGCCACUUUGCUUCUUCUGCAUUGUUGGUGACUUGGCUUUGAUAUUUUUUAUCAUAGACAAUAAAUUUGGCUAGUAAA